AUGGCAUCCCCAACUGUCAUCGUCUUUGGCCCCACUGGCAAUGUGGCUCGCGUCGCGGCCAUCACAGCUCGCAAGCACGGCGCUCAAGUUGUCCUCGCCAUGCGAGACCCGAGCAAGGAGAUUAACGGGAUCAGACAUGAGGAAAAUGGCUACGAGAGAGUGCAAGCCGAUUUGACCAAGCCUGACACUAUCCGCGAGGCAGUUCUGAAGACUGGCGCGAAGAAAGCUUUCAUCUACCAAGUGCACUCCUCCGACCACCUGAAAUCCAGCAUUGAAGCACUCAAAGAGGCUGGCAUUGACUUUGUGGUUUUCAUGAGCAGCUUCACCAUCGUCGAUGCUGGCGGCGAUCUGGAAGCCAUCUCUCCAAAAGAACACAUUCCAUACUCGCAUGCUCGCGUCGAACUCAGUCUCCUUGAGGUCUUUGGACGUGAGCACUUCGUUCCCAUCAGGUCAGGAUCUUUGGCGACGAACCUCAUGAUGUUCAAUGGACAAGCUGUCAGGAACGGCCACGUCAGCUUGUGGGCGCCUGAGUCCACAUCCGACUGCAUCUCCGCGGAUGACCUCGGUGAAGUUGCAGGCACAGUCCUCGUUAAUGGUUCCGACAAGAAGAUAAUUUAUCUUUUCGGACCUGAGCCACUGUCACAGCAGAAACAGAUCGAAACAGUCGCACGUGUUCUGCAGAAAGAUAUCAAGAUCGAUACGAUCUCUACAGAAGCAGAGGCGGUGGAGGCAUACAAAGCUAAAGGCCUCCCAGAGGCGGUUGCCCGGUUGAUCGCUGCCAACCUGGCGCAAAACACUAAGAGCUUCGCGGCUCGCGAGCCCCAGAUUUACCGUGAAGGUGUUAGCAAUGUUAAGGAGAUCACAGGUCACCCCUCGACUAGUUUCCAGGACUUUGUGUCAUCGAACAGUCACUUGUUCCAGUAG